AUGGAUAAACGAAGUGUGGUCCAGCCAGACGACAGCAUGCUCUUCAGCCAUAAAAAGAAACGAUGCACUGACCCUCGCUACGACACAGACGGACGAAGUUCCGGCUACCAGCAGUCCCAGGCCAGGUCCGUGGGUGGAGCCCUGAUGGGUAUCCUGGAGAUUACGGCCGUGGAGGUGGGCGUCGUGGCCAUUAAGGGGCUCUUCUCUGGACGGUACCUCGCCAUGAACCGGAGGGGGCGGCUCUAUGCCUCGGAGAACUACAAUGCCGAGUGCGAGUUUGUGGAGCGAAUCCACGAGCUGGGCUACAACACGUACGCCUCCCGGCUGUACCGGACGGCGGCCAGCGGGCCCGGGCAAACAGGAGAGACAGGGAGGGAGGUCCCUGUGGGCAUCCUGGGGAGGGAGGCCCACAUUCGGCCCGGAGCCGGGGACCACCUGCUGGGCAUCAAGCGGCUGCGGCGGCUCUACUGCAACGUGGGCAUCGGCUUCCACCUCCAGGUGCUCCGCGACGGACGCAUCGGCGGCGUGCACGCGGACACCGGCGACAGCCUGCUGGAGCUCUCGCCCGUGGAGCGGGGUGUGGUGAGCAUCUUCGGCGUGGCCAGUCGGUUCUUCGUGGCCAUGAGCAACAAGGGCAAGCUGUACGGCUCGCCUUUCUUCACUGACGAGUGCAAGUUCAAGGAGAUACUUCUCCCCAACAACUACAACGCCUACGAGUGCUACAGGAACCCCGGCAUGUUCGUCGCCCUGAGCAAGAACGGGAAGACCAAGAAGGGGAACCGAGUGUCCCCCACCAUGAAGGUCACCCACUUCCUCCCCAGAUUGUGA